GCCGGCAGCAGCAGCCGCAGCCCCAGCCCCAGCCCCAGCCGCAGCGGAGGGGGCAUCGCCCGCCACGGCCGCCGCCGUCCCGCCUCGGGGACACCCUUCCUAUGGGACGACAAGUGAAGGGCUGCCGCCGCCCGCUGCCCGGCCCGCCCCGAGCCUCGGCGCCUCGGUGCUGCAGCUGCUAAACCUGGUGCCGCUUGCACAAGUUCGCCGGCCCCGAGCAUCCUCCCGCCGCGGGCGCGGAGGCUCGUUGCUCAGCUCCUUGCCUCUCCGCGCCCGCCUUUUUGGAAGCGGGGGGUGACCGAAGUGCUUUUUAAUUGCCGCCGCUCUUACUCUCCUCCAGACUUUUUCCCUUUCUGGGGGAGGGAGGUGGUUUCCUGAGCUGAAGUGCAAAGAGAAGUCCGUGGGAUUCCCCUCCUCUGCCCCCACCCCCCCUUUUUUUUUGGUGCAUUCACACGCUCCCUCAGGCAUGAUGCUCAAGAUGCUGCCGUUCAAGCUGCUGCUGGUGGCCGUGGUUCUGUGCUUCUUCGAGGGGGAUGCCAAGUUUGGGGAGAGCGGCGCCCGCAGGAGAAGGUGCCUCAACGGGACCCCUCCACGGCGGCUGAAGAAGCGCGACCGGCGGGUGCUGUCCCCGGAGGCCCCGGCCGGCGGGGAGGCGAUGUGCCGCGGCCUCUACCCGCGCCUGUCCUGCUGCUCCCGCUCCGACGCGCAGGGGCUUCUGCACGCCGAGGCGAAGAUACUUUCUGUUACCAACAACACAGAAUGUGCGAAGCUACUGGACGAAAUCAAGUGUGCACACUGCUCACCUCAUGCUCAGAACCUAUUCCACUCACCUGAAAAAGGGGAAACACCUGAAAGAGAACUAACUCUUCCCUACCUGUGCAAAGACUAUUGUAAAGAAUUCUAUUAUACUUGCAGAGGUCACUUACCAGGUUUCCUCCAAACUACAGCUGAUGAGUUUUGCUUUUACUAUGCAAGAAAGGAUGGUGGUGUAUGCUUUCCAGAUUUUCCAAGAAAACAAGUGCGAGGGCCAGCUUCUAACUCCCUGGACCACAUGGAAGAAUAUGACAAAGAGGAAGAGAUCAGCAGAAAACACAAGCACAACUGCUUCUGUAUUCAGGAGGUUGUGAGUGGACUGAGGCAGCCUGUUGGAGCAGUACAUUGUGGGGAUGGAUCCCAUCGCCUCUUUAUUCUUGAGAAAGAAGGAUAUGUGAAGAUUUUCAGUCCUGAAGGAGACAUACUCAAGGAACCUUUUUUGGAUAUACACAAGCUUGUUCAAAGUGGAAUAAAGGGAGGAGAUGAAAGAGGACUGUUAAGCCUUGCAUUCCAUCCCAAUUACAAGAAAAAUGGAAAGCUGUAUGUGUCUUAUACCACCAACCAAGAACGGUGGGCUAUUGGACCUCAUGACCACAUCCUUAGGGUCGUAGAAUACACAGUAUCCAGGAAAAAUCCACACCAAGUUGAUAUGAGAACAGCAAGAGUGUUUUUAGAAGUAGCAGAACUACAUCGAAAACACCUAGGAGGACAGCUUCUGUUUGGCCCAGAUGGUUUCCUAUAUAUUUUUCUUGGAGAUGGCAUGAUCACUCUAGAUGAUAUGGAAGAGAUGGAUGGUUUAAGUGAUUUUACAGGUUCUGUAUUGCGCCUUGAUGUAAAUACUGACCUGUGCAAUGUCCCUUACUCCGUACCAUGGAGCAACCCACAUUUUAAUAGCACAAACCAACCUCCUGAGAUUUUUGCACAUGGACUUCACAAUCCAGGCCGAUGUGCUGUGGACCGCCACCCAACAGAUGUAAAUAUCAAUUUAACAAUACUUUGCUCAGAUUCAAAUGGAAAGAACAGAUCUUCAGCAAGAAUCUUACAAAUAAUAAAGGGUAAAGACUAUGAAAGUGAGCCUUCACUUUUAGAAUUCAAACCAUUCAGCAGUGGGUCCUUGGUUGGUGGAUUUGUCUAUCGAGGCUGCCAGUCUGAAAGACUCUAUGGAAGCUAUGUAUUUGGAGACCGCAAUGGAAAUUUUUUAACACUGCAACAGAGUCCGGCAACCAAACAGUGGCAAGAGAAACCCCUCUGUCUUGGCAACACUGGUUCAUGUAGAGGUUUUUUUUCAGGCCCUGUCUUGGGAUUUGGUGAAGAUGAAUCAGGUGAGAUUUACAUAUUAUCAAGCAGUAAAAGUAUGACACAGCCUCACAGCGGGAAACUCUACAAGAUCAUCGACCCAAAAAGGCCUUUAGUCCCUGAAGAAUGCAAAAGAACAGCUCAGCCUGCACAGAUACUGACAUCUGAAUGCUCCAGGCAUUGUCGGAACGGGCACUGUACUCCCACAGGAAAAUGCUGCUGCAAUCAAGGCUGGGAAGGAGAAUUCUGCAGAACUGCAAAAUGUGACCCAGCCUGUCGACAUGGAGGUGUCUGUGUAAGGCCUAAUAAAUGCUUAUGUAAAAAAGGCUAUCUCGGCCCCCAGUGCGAACAAGUGGAUAGAAACAUCCGAAGAGUGACAAGGGCAGGUAUUCUUGAUCAGAUCCUAGACAUGACAUCCUAUUUGCUGGAUCUAACCAGCUAUAUUGUAUAGUUUCUGGGACUAUUUGGAAACUACACUUUCAACGGGCAUUUGUUUUGAAUCCUGUCAUUUCUAAAAGACUCUUGUCCUGCAACAAAUACCGGUGAUUUGAUUUACUUUAUUAAUUUAAGUAUAAUAUCCACAAAUGUGCAGGUAAAUUCUUUGCGUAUGUGUCAGUAUUUCUGUACGUCUCCCCAGACGUACCGACUGCCAAUAUGUGUGCACAUACACAGGCACGCACUAUCACAAAUGCGGUUUUAAGGCUAGUGGAAUUUUUUUUAAUAUUUAUUUCUUCAUGAGGAAUAGUUUACGAAGUAAUUCCACUGUAAAUCACAUUUCUGUCAAAGGACUUUUCGUGGUGUCUUAAUGGAUUCUCUGACAUCCCAGAAAUCUCAUGUCUGUACCUAUCUGAUUAUGGCGAUGAGAGAGCAGUUUUCAAACACCGCUGUGUAAGCUGCUGCUUAAUAAAAUCCAGUUGUAACGGUUUCUAAGGUGAACUGAACUCCAUCAUGAGACAAUAUUUGAGAACUCCUUAAUGCAUUCCUAUCGAGGCAAUUCAUUGUAAGACUGUAACCUUCACCUUCAUCAAUGUAACUCUAUUACAGAAUGUUACGCAUUUCUUUAUCUAGCAUAGAUGCAAAAAUCUGGUUAUCGCAGCUUAAUAUCAAGAUUGUUUCAAGUGUUUAAUAAUUAAAUUAUAUUCGCAUAUUUCAAAACCA